GGUCAGCGACUUACUUACUAGGUAGGAACGCGACACCCUUUGCUCUUGUUGGUUUCCACUGAUACUCGGAGAACGAGACUUAUCGUUAUCUCCAGUUGUUCUCGACUUUCCGGUUCAUUUAUCGUCACACUUUUUGAGUUGUCGACAGGAAAUUCUCAAGGACUCAGAAGUCAAAAAAACAAAAUCAUGGCGAAACUGUCUAGUGCGCAAAAAUGCGGCGCAUUGUCAAGCAGGAACUUUUCGGGAACCGGGGGUGGGGGGAGUAUGAAGGUGCAAGGCAAGUUUGUCGCUGCUCUCGAAGUUACUGCCACAGCCGCGGUACUGCAAUCCUCUGGCGGAGCAGCGCCUGGCGACCCGAUGCAUCCGCAGGGAGGCAACUACGAGCAAGCACGGGAUGAACCUCGGGUCCUGGAAACGGUUGACGAAUUUUUCGCAAUCCAUGUCCCCGGCGGACAGAAUUCGGAUGGGUCCGUCCAGAAGCCUACCGUUUUGCGGCAAGACCGCGGUCGCUACCGCUUCGCCGCGGUGCAGAGUCCCCGAAGCAGUACUGCAGUGUCGCGCUUGGCGGAGAAAUUCGGGCGCUACGGAGUUACUGGAGGGAGCAGCUCUGUCGCUUCGGAAAACGCCGCCGGUGGAUUUGGUGCUGACGAUGUGGAGGGCGACUCUGCUGAGUUUUUCGGGAAUUUCGUCGGGGAAUUUGAUGCUCCUUUUCUGGAAGGGGAGAAGAUGUUUCGGGCUCUUGACAAAGCGGAGAAAGCAGCGAAGGACAAGAAAGCUUCGAGGAAGAAAAAAGCAGAGAAAACGCUGCGGACAAAAACAAAAAUAGUUCCGUUCUCAAGGUUUACAAAAAAGUACAGGUCGUAUUAUGGUGACGCGAUGCCCGUCGAAAUGAAGCUUGACGAGAAAAAAGGCGCGGACCGCAAAAAAGGCGCGGAAGGCAAAGGCGGAGGCUGGGGCGUAGGCGGAGGCUGGGGCUUCAACUGGCCCUUCUGAAGGAGCUGCUCCAAGUCCGAGCACUCAUGAACAGCAGCGAAAAUGAGUCAGGUUUAUAUAUAAAACCGUCUUUCCUUCGUAGUAAAGUUAACCAGUGCGUUGCAUACAGCCCUCUUCUGGCUCGACCUGAGAAGGAAGACACUGUAAACAUGGGCACAGAAUCUGCUCGGGUCGCGCCCUAGAUUCGAGCGAUUGACGGACUUGGUACUGCAAUGUAAUCGCAGGAGGAAAAGCUUCCACUUCCAGUGUUUUCGGAUUCAGGGGACUACCAGUUCGAUUUUUACGUAUCUG